AAAUUUAGUGACCUUUUCUGCUUCGUGCUUAUAGAUAAUGGCGUAGUUCACCUUGCUGAUACGCAAACGAAUCUUGUUCAAUAUUGUACACAAAUGCACAAACAUACUUCUUAUUCAAUGCUCUGUACUUGUUUAAAUGUUAUAGCAGCAAGAUAAUAAGAAAGUGUGGUAUUUCCAGCUUAGAUUUUGUAACAGAUGUGUAGCACUUUGAAGAUGUGCUUCGAUACUUCCGAAAUAGCAUGUACGAAAGCGUAACAAUAAGCUUGAAUUAAGUGCGUUAACGUUAUCUCUUCGGGUGUCUUGGUUGGCUUUUUGUUUCCUUAAAAUGCUCCUAGAUUGUAGAUCAAAGCGUGUUUAUGUUUUGAGAUUGUUUUAAGAUAUGCCUUUCUUGUGCAAAUCUGGUGAUGUUUGUUUACAUUUCUUUCUCUGUGUGUGUGCCGACCUCUGUAUCGAGACAGAGCUUCUUCCUUGUUUGAUGCAAACGGGAGAGGAAAGAGUAUCAUUUAUUAAUAAUGCACUUCUGAAAAUAUCCUCAGCGCCGAUAUUUAUUAACAUAUUGUAAAGAUACAGUUAUACCUUUAAAUAAAACGACUAUAAUUUAUCCAUAUAUUAAUUAUUUAAAAUCCUUAGUCUAGACUAAGUCUAGUAAAAAAAUCGUAAGUAGAUAGUAAAUGCUACAAACAAGCAACAAAAUAACUAAAAUAAAAUGCAUUUCCUUAAAAUACUCUUUGAAGAUAUUCUUUCGUUUAUCGUUCAAUAAUUUACAAUAAGUAUAUAGCAUUAUUUUGCAUUUUCCAUUGUUCGCAAUAUGUCUGUAUUGACCUUGAAUGUUACUCGUAGUUUUAGCGGAUUUUGGACUAUAUUUAUAGUUUGCUGGAGUUCAAAUAUCGGCAGCUUAAAUUACAUAGUAUCAGGGUAAAUCUUGCUGGGAAAUCUCAAACGAAAACGGCAAAGAAAUUAACAAAAGAGUACUUUUAUAUGCAGAUGUAGCUAAUUGUGUUGACUCGAAUUUCCGGUAUUCGUUAGAACGUGAAUGUAUCUCAUUCACAAAAUAACAUCAUCGUAAACCCGAUAGUGGAUUGUAAUAAUUCAUCUUGUAGAAGUAUUUGUACAGGAAAUGAUAUUAUUGCUACUUAAGUUGGUGUUUAUAAGUAAAAUGAAGCAGUUUAAGGAAAGUUUUGUAAAUUUAAAACGAUUUUGAGUUCUGCAGGUGCAUUCUGGCCGAUGUUAUAAAAAAAUACCGCUGAAUAUAUUUGGCGUCUAACAAUUUUGAGCCCUUCUCGGGGGUUCAUUUUCUUGUUUAUUUAUCGUCGGGCUUUUAUUAUUUGCAAAGUUUUCACGUCUUUUGAAAGUGCUUGAAGCAGUCGCGAUGGAUAUUUGUACAGACUGGUCGUUAUACUAGCCGUAUCAUGUCUUUAGUGACUAUCGAACGCUCAAGUUCGUCAGAUAAUUUAAGUCAAAUAAGUGGAGAGCGAGUCGAGUCGGACGAUGAUCAACUUGACAGCGCACUAUCUGAAGAAGUCUUUACUCGCUCUAGGACUCUGUCAAGUGUUGAAGGAUUUUUUGCGUCAAAAGGAGCUGCAUAUGCGAUUCCUGAUGGAGAUUUUGCGAGAAAAGCGUCAUUAAAAGGAGGUGAGAUUCAGUCUCAUCUUCAAGGAAUGGUGAAUCUAAUACGAGAUGAGGACACAAUGAGACUGGUUGUUAAAGUUGAAAGCGAGGCAAAAUACUCUCGCUAUUUAUGCAUCGUAACAACAUAUGGUUUGUUGGAGGAUGAAGAGAGUGUUAUUCUUGGCAUUGAUUGGAUCGAAGAUGAAGCAAAACUUGGUCUUGUAAUACCACUGUGGAGCAAUGUGAAAACAAAACUGGAUGGUGAUGGUGGAUUCGAAAUCAACACAGAACAUCGUAAUUACAUAUUCAAGCCAGUUUCCGUCCAGACAUUGUGGACUGCAUUACUGUGGAUCCAUAAAUGUCUAAAGCAGGCUCACAGAGCAAAACAUUUCAAUGGUGGCUUGUCGCAUGCCUGGCUGGAUUAUUAUCACAAUAGAAUAACAUCGCCAAGAGAAUGUAUCAAUUUCUGGGAGUCGAUGGAUGACGUAGAACUGAAAAGAGAGAUCCGCUAUUCAUAUUUUGAUCAAGUAAAAACUGACGAAGAGCUUCUGAAAGGUUCCAUAAAAAAUAAACUAAAAGAGAUUCUGACAAGAUUUGAUUUAGAGGAAGUAACAUGUCGGCAGGUCCGAGAAGCAUUAGAAGCAGAAAUGAAGAUGAGUUUGCAACACCUGAAGGGUUAUUUGGAUGAGCAAGUGUUUGUUAUUCUCGGACAAAUGGAAUCCUCUACCAAGAUUACAGAUCAUUUGUACCUGGGCUCAGAAUGGAACGCUUGUAAUCUCCAGGAACUUAAAGACAAUGGUGUUGACUACAUUCUCAAUAUUACCAAAGAAGUUGAUAACUUUUUCCCCGGAACAUUUGAGUACAUGAACAUCAGGAUUUAUGAUCUCAAGGAGUCAGAUCUUCUCUCCCAUUGGGGGAGAACAUAUCAGUUUCUUCACAAGGCAAAGGAACAAGGGUCAGCAGCUUUGGUUCACUGUAGGAGAGGCAUCAGCCGUUCCGCUUCUACGGUGAUCGCGUUCCUGAUGAAAAAAAAUAACAUGUGUUUGGCAGAUGCGAUGAAAUUUGUGAAAUCGAAGAGAAGUAUUGUCCAACCAAACUCAGGAUUUUGGAAACAACUCAUAAUCUACGAGGGAAUCUUGAGGUCUAGUAAUCACCGUCACAACAGCUUAUUUCGACGUCGUUCAAACUCGGUAGAAUCUGGUAACGUGAACAAACUCCAUCACAAGAAAGGACGCCACAAGGACGGCACUGACCAGGUCGAUAAUUCUCCCAACCGCGGGCACACACUGCCAAGAAUGAGCAACCAGGUCCCCCCAGGGGGUGAUGGUGCGGCGGAAGAUGAUAUCCUAGACUCGGCAAGCAGUAACGAGGAGGAUACCUCUUCGAACAGCAACUCUGACGAGGAACAACCCUCUACGAACAACGGCCGUAAGAUAAGACGAACUGUUUCUGAGCCCACAAUGAUGCAUUCUGUUGACGUCAUGAUGAUGUCACCGCCGGGGAAACCCCGGGCGCGAACGUUCGUCGAGAAAGGACAAUCUCCGACGAGAAUCCUCGAAGAUCUUGAAGCUGAAGAUAGCGAUGCGGUAUUGUUUGAGACUGGGGAUGAUAAGGAUGUUUUAGAGAAAGAAGAGGAAGCACGCGUUUUAGAAACAGUCCCUGAUUGUGCACGGUCAGAGCCUGGAACGAUAGAAGCAUCUGUGGACGGUGAAAAAGAAUCUGCUGACUUGUCAGAAACGCCAGGAAUGACUACGACAAAUACGGAACCACCGGCGAACGCUGGCGAAGUCAAACCGAAUGAACUUUUGAAUGAUGUAAAACAGCUUCAGUGCGAGUACGAAGACUCACCAGUUGAGGAUGCCGCACGCGAUUUAAGCCCACGCGUGGACCUCUCAAGUGCGGUCAUUUCAAGUGAAUCCCCACGCGAGGACUCCUCGCACGAUGAGCACGCAACUCCACCAAGAACCCCACGACAGCGGUCCCGCAGUAUCGGUGAAAAAUUGCUGGACAAGUUGCUUGUAAAACAAGGUAGGUCAGAGAGUUCGGACAAUUUGAAAAAAGUAAGCACUCGAGGGCGGGUGAAACGAAGAGAAAGGAAAGCUAAGUCAGAUCUACAGCUUUCUAGCAGCGGCUUUGUUAAACGACACACGCAAAUUCUGGAGGAUGAAAGAUUGUAUAGUCUGCUCUUGAACUCCAAUGAGACCCUCGCCACCCUUGCCAAGGAUUUUUGGGAGGAGAGAGGGAGUCCCGCUAUUAGCAAAGAGAAUUCGUGCGAAGAAGCGAAAAAUUUAGACUCAGAGAGUACGGUAACUUCAAUAGAGGAUUCCAAGAAAGAUUCAGAGAAACCCUCCGGAGAAUAUGGAACAAAUAGUUUUGAACCUGUGAAAUCUUCCAAAGGGGAGUGCAGUUCUGAUGGUAUGGAAAUUCCUGGAAAAGAUCAGCAGGAUUAUUCACAGGCACAAGUCGAGAAUCAUUCUAAGCAAAGCUUGUCGCAAAAUUCAGAGGACGUUUCGCAGAAAGAUUCUGAGAAUUGCUCUGGGGCAACUCGCUCGCAAGAGCUUCAAAACAUUGUUCAAGAAGUGAACGCGGAGGCGAAGCGAGAUAUAGCGACGCAAGGAGAGCCAACAAGGGCAGCGGUUGUUUCUCAAAAUGCAUUACGUCAUACUAACCAGGAUGAUGACGUCACUAUUGAUCCAAUGACGUGGAUCGAUUUAACUCAACACCGUGGUGACGUCGUGAAACGAAGAUCAGCUGCGUUUGAGAAUAAUUCGAUAGAGGAGCCUUGGGCGAGUGUGUCCCCAUCGCGUGAUAAAUCACUAUUGUCACGUGAUCGCUCGUUGGAAUCACGUGAUGAUCAUGAACAGAACGUGUGUCAAUGUCCUGAACAAGCACAAGAAACUCGUAAAACGGAUGAGUCUAAAAUGAAGGAUGGUUCUCCUAAGGAAGUUCCGAAGUUGAAUUUGAAGAUCUUGGAAGAAGAGGGUGGUUCUCCAACACAGAGAUCUAACAGUAUAACAGUCGAGGACUAUAAUUCAUGGGAGGCCUCCAGUGUGAGAGACAGAACGAUGAUACUCGAAAAUAUUAUCGCGAGAACAGGGGGUAGUUUUCCCUCACCUCGUUCUAGAGCAUUGCAGAAGAAUCUUUCCAGUUCCGAGGCGGAAACUCAGGUACAACAUGAAAUGAGCGAGUUGACUAUUAACACACUUGCAAAGCCAGACAACGAUGGUUUUUGCCAUCAGUCAUACGCUGAAGAUCAAGAUUCAACGGAUGUUGUUCCAACAGCAUCGGAACAGCCCGAUGAUGAAAAUGUGUUUGGUGAUGCUCCUGUGAAAAGCCUGGUGGAUAAGUUUGAAGUAUGGGGAUAGCGAGUAGAAAAUUGGGAUAGAUUUAGUAGGACAAUAGUUGUUCGUAAUCGUACAGGGAUACCCAUCAAAUUAAUCUCACGUAUAAUUUAUGUUUAUUUAAGCAGCAAUAUCGGUCAGAUUCCUAGGCAGUUAUCCUUACUUGUUUAUAAGUCGGUAGAGCAGUUCAAAUCAAAGUUCAGUGAAUUUUUGGUUGUUCUAUUAAUUGUCAUGAUAGUGAUUGUGGCUUUCUUAGAAAGUAUGAUUUCGGUGUCUUCGACUUCCUAGACACACUAGUGAAAAGCCUCAAAAGGGGGGAGGGAUAUCACGAGAGUUUAUACAUUCAGUAGACAAACAAGAUAAAAAAAUUCAAUUAGAGAAGAAUUAUGAAUGCAACAUCUAAAAUUUGUAAAACUGCCAUUUGUAAAAUGCCUCAUAUUGCUGUCCUGGAGGGGGCAUUAUAACCAAUCAAAUGCGAUUGAUCUAUUGUCAGAUUAGCGAAAACUAACGUUAGCGGAACAGACCUUUCUCUUAAUGACGUCAGAAAGCCUCAUGUUACACGGAGUUUGAUUGGAUGCUUAGUUUUUCGAAGCCAAUCAAAUUUCCUGUAACAUCAAGCUCUCCAUGUUUAAUUUGACGUCUUUACGAGAAAGGUAUAUUCAACUUUAUUAUCAUCCUCAACAAUAUACGUACCUAUAACAAAAAUAAUGCUUUUACAUACUACAGUAAUUUUGGAUACUUUUCUAUUUUUAUACGGAAUUUCGUAACGUAAUAGGAGAUAUAGUUAUUGAUAGUUGGUAUACUCAAUCCAUUUCAUACUAAUUGUCCUUAAUAUUUUUAUGUAAAUGAAUCAC